AUGAAGGUUUACCCUCAAAAUACUUUAAGAGAUCAGAGUCAAAGGACAAGAAAAAGAAAGAAGCGACACAACAAAAAUGACGACGAUGGAAUAUUCCCAUUGCUGGCGACGAGUCUGCGCCAUCAGACUGCGGAGUUUUUUAACAAUUCAACGUUGCAUGGCGUUCGUUACAUUGCAGAAAAAGAACGGCCAUUUUGUGAAAAGUUUAUGUGGUUCAGUUUUACUGCAGUCGGGGCAGUUGCCUCUUGCAUUAUAAUUGUAAGUCUGUGGGAAAAGUUCCAAACAAACCCUACUAUAACAGGCUUAGAUACUGAUUUCCAUAACUGGGAUGUGCCUUUUCCCGCGGUUACGAUUUGUGACGUUGACCCUGUCGAUCAAGAUUUACUGCAGGAAUAUAUUGAGAGAAUAUGGCCUUCAGAAGUACCGGCAAAUGCAAGCGCCAUGUUGCAAUGGCUAGCUACUUUGAGUUAUCGUUCUAUAGCCGAAAACGCGUCCAAAUAUGUGACGCAGCCUGAUCUAGUUGGACGUAGCAUUAACGAUGCUCCUGCGCCGGCUUUGGAUCCAAAAGAAGCUGUUUUAAGUAUCGUCCAGCGUUGUGAUACGUUGUUUUAUGAUUGCGAAUGGAAAGGAGACUCCGAAGAAUGUUGUGAUUUGUUGGUACCGGUAUUCACAGAAAUGGGUUUUUGUUACGCUUUUAAUUCAAAGCACGCGGAGAGAUCAUGGCCAUGGCAAACGCAUACCGAAACUGAACAGUUUACAGAGGCUUACAUUCACGAGACAGAUUCAAAAUGGUCGUUUAUGUUUAAUUCGUUUCGAAAUACUUCGACAGUCGAUAUCUACAUUCAUUCAACAGAAGAAAUGGCGGGAUUAGAGCAAAGCGCCCAACUUUCAUGGGACCAUCGUGUAGAGAAACUUUCAUUCUCAGUUAAGCACACGUACACAACGGCAGACGCAAGGCAAUUGUCGAUUCGACAACGUCGAUGUAUUUUUACCGACGAGGUGCAUUUAGAAACAUCCUCCAUUUAUACUUAUUCAGCGUGCAUGCGACAGUGCCGUAUGCGAAGGAGCCGCUCUUACUGCAAAUGUGUGCCGCAUUUCUAUCCAAAGACAAAAGGCUAUAGACAAUGUACAGUAGCCGAAUUACAAUGCAUUGCGAAGUAUGCAGCAGAGAUUACGGACGUGACGCAAUGCUCCUGUGAGCUUGGUUGUUCGCACACAGUGUACGAAGUGGAAAAACUUACUGAGAUUGACCCAAGCAAAGAACCUACAGCCUCUGACUCAUUGGAGACUGAAUUUGUAUCGUGGCCUAUGGUGCGUUAUAAGCGUGAAGUGCUGUUCGGUUGGGUUGAUUUAUUGGUAUCCUUCGGUGGUAUUGCGGGACUCUUCCUCGGAUUUUCACUUUUGUCUGGAGUGGAGCUAGUGUACUAUUUCACUUUACGAGCGUGUUGCUCGGUUUGGAGGGAUGCUGAUAUGUUACGUCGCGAGCGCGCCGAAAGAUUAUCGCGACCGAAACCACCUUACAACCUUAGCCUUGUACCUUGGUGGAAACAACCUCCAGAGUCUCAAGAAGUUGAACCGAUUAAACUAAAUGUGAAAUAUGUGCAGCCUCCACUAUAUUCUCCACCUCCAGGAUACACAGAUUAUCUACCGUGA